CUAUCGCAACAUAAAUUGAAAUUUAUACAAUUCAUAUUUGCUUUUUUCUUCUUUUAAUUAUCAAAAUAAAUGUUUCUUACCAAAAUGGUAAAAGAUUUUCUUGACUCUCUAAAAAAUUCAAACCAACAACAAGCAAGCGAAAAGCCGCAGCGAAAUCAAACAAGAACUAGUGUGUCUCAUUACAAAACGAAUAGAAAAUCUAAUAAAUCCAAAAAAUCUCAUAUGAAAAGUUGUCUUAACGUCGAAGACAUACAGGAUCAACUACCACAAACUUCGACUAAAAAGGGAAUGAAUUUUAGUAGCCAACCUAACUCUAUAAACAAGCCCGUAAUACCAACAAAAGUAAAGUCGGGUAGUUGGAAACGAUCAGAAAAAUCCAUUACACCAUUUAACACGUUCUCAAAUAAAAAACACAAAAACUUACGCAAAAAAUCACCCAAUUGGUUGAAAUUUCCAAAUAGUAAAGUGAAAAUACAUGAAUCAAACCAGUUGGUUAAUGAGAGUGAGCCAACAUCUGCCUGUAGACCGGGCACUUUAUAUUCCGAUGUAUUGUUUGGUGCAGGUUGUUCAAAUUUAGUGAAAAUUAAAAAUUUAACACCACGACUUAACAAUAAUACCACAACGGCUCAAAAGAAACUGACAAAAGCUUUAUUUAAAUUUAGCGGAAAUCAUAAAAACGAUACUUCAGAUGAAAGUGAAAUUGAUGAAAAGAGCAAUUUGUUUCCAGCUUUGCAAAAAACUAAUAAUAAUAAUAAAAUUUAUACAUCCUUGCCGACAAAUCCCACUAACAGCUCCCAAGUUGUUGAGGACUCUGCUUCCAAAGAUACAAUUUUUAUUAAAGAAUUGGCAACUACUUCAUCAACAUCGUCCCCAACUAAAAACCAGGACUAUGAGGAAGCUGAUGUGGUUAUACUUUCUGAUUUUAAAGGCUUAUGUUUAGCAGAUAAUGGCAUUUCCUAUGGUAAUUAUUUGGAGGGUAAUUUUCCACAUUUAAAUGGCAAGGUUGAAACUGAUGCUGGGUCAUCUUGUAAGGACAACAACUUCCUGGCUUCAUCUAUUUCAAAUAUACCAAAAUGGAAUUUUAUGAAGGCUGAAACAGAUUCAGAUGCUUUUCCCAAAUUUUUAUGUCAAUUUGAUGAUGAAAAUUACUUAAAGGCCGAGAAACUAGCCUGGCUUAGUUUGAAAUUAGCCUUGGGCAAUAAUUCGACACAAAAUAAAUCGAAAAUUUAA